AACACCUAAACGAAUAAAACACAACCCCUCUCUUUCUCUCUCUCUCCCACUCCGUAAGACUCCUUUUUAUAACUCUUACAAAAUCAUGCCCGUUCCACAGCCCUUAACGGCGGCGUCUACGAUGCUCCGGCAGCGGUUAUCAAGCACUCUCCGCACGCGCGGUGGCGCAGCAGCAGGACCAAGCAGGUGGACAUCUCCAGGCCACGAUGAAAAACCCAAAGGAUACCUAUUUAAUCGAACACCACCAGCACCAGGUCAAUCUCGCAAAUGGGAGGAUUGGGAGCUUCCAUGCUAUAUCACGAGCUUUUUAACCAUUGUUAUUUUGGGUGUUGGGUUGAAUGCUAAGCCUGAUCUGACCAUUGAGACCUGGGCCCACCAGAAAGCACUGGAGCGUCUUGAAUCGGAGAAGUUGGGUCUUACUGAUUCUGAGUAAAGGGAUGAUCUUUGGUAUGAAUUAUCACUCUUUCGAUCAAUAACUUUAAUUGGUUUUUGUUUCUUUUGUUGUUGAUAAUGUGUAGUGAAAUAAGAGGGUUUUUGACUAUGCUGAAAAUUGAGUUCUUAUUAUGGAGCUUAAUGUACUGGAAAGUCUUAUGCUUUUAACUUUGGAUAUUAUAAGUUUCACCGAUGUUA